AUGCUCAUAGCAUGGCUGCUGAACACUAUCGAGCCAUCAUUGCGCUCUACUCUUUCUUAUUAUGAUGAUUCACAAUCCUUGUGGACACAUCUCAAACAACGUUUUUGUGUUGUGAAUGGGACUCGUAUAUGCCAAUUAAAGGCAUCGUUAGGAGAAUGCAAGCAAGGCAAAGGUGAAGAGUUGUCGGCUUACUUCGGUCGUUUAUCUCGUGUAUGGGACGAACUUAUGACUUAUGUCAAAAAGCCAACUUGCAAAUGUGGAGGUUGUACCUGUGAUAUCAACCAACAAGUGAUUGAUUUAAGUACUGAAGACUAUCUGCAUCAUUUUCUCAUGGGCCUUGAUGGGAUUUAUGCAACGAUUCACUCAAAUUUGCUUUCUCAAGAUCCGUUACCAAACAUUGAUCAAGCAUAUCAGCGAGUUAUACAAGAUGUGAGGUUGCUGCAAGGAGGAUCUUCAAUUCAUCAGAACCGUGACAAUGUCAUGGCCUUUAAAGCUACAACCGAUACGCGAGGUAAAUCUAAACUUGUGGACAAUUCUGAAAAAUUUUGUACUCACUGCAACAGAGAAGGACACGACAAAAGCUCGUGUUUUCAGCUUCAUGGAUUCCCCGAGUGGUGGGGGGACCAUCCUCGUGGUGGUCGUGGACCAGGUCGUGGGAGAGACACAUCAGGCCGUUCUGGAGGGCGUGGCAGGAGCAUCUAUAACACACCUGUGCGUGCCAACAAAGCCAUAACAAGUAGUCGUAGCAGCGGUGGUAAUGUUGGACAGUCUCAUGCACCACCACACUCAAGUGAAGCAACUGGUAUAUCAGGCAUUAACCCGACACAGUGGCAACAAAUUCUUAACGCUUUGAAUAAUUCCAAAACCAAAGACCGCCUCCACGGUAAGAAUGACAUUUCUUGGGUUAUUGACACAGGAGCCUCAAACCAUGUGACAGGAAAUUUCUCUUGUCUGACUAAUGUAAAAAAUAUUGCAAAUACACCGGUGGGAUUGUCGGAUGGGAAAGAUGCAACUACUAUAAAGGAAGGCAGUGUGAUUUUGGACGGUGGAUUAAGGCUCAAUAAUGUUCUUUUUAUGCCUCAAUUAAAUUGUAACUUAAUUUCUAUAACUCAACUAAUCGAUGACUCUGAUUGUAUCGUUCAAGUUACUAAUGCAUUGUGUGUAAUACAGGCCCAGACGACGAGGACGUUGAUUGGAGCAGUUUGGGUCUAUUUGUUAUGCAAUAAAACUGAUAUUGAGACUAUGUUGUUGAAUUUUGUGGCAAUUGUUGAUAGACAAUUUGAUAAGAAAAUAAAGAAAGUUUGCAGUGACAAUGGCACCGAAUUUAAUUGUCUACAUGAUUAUUUUUUUAAUAAUGGAAUUGUGUUUGAGACGUCAUGUGUGGGUACUCCACAACAAAAUGGGAGAGUUGAAAGAAAACAUCAACAUAUUAUGAAUGUGGCGCGGUCACUUAGAUUUCACGGUCAUUUACCAAUGAAAUUUUGGGGUGAAUGUGUGUUGGCAGCGUGUUAUUUGAUUAAUCGAACACCGUCUAGUGUACUGAAUUAUAAGACACCAUAUGAAAAAUUAUUUGGUAAAGUUCCUAAAUUUGAUAACAUGAAGAUUUUUGGUUGCUUAUGUUAUGCCCAUAGUCAACGACGUGACGGGGAUAAGUUUGCGAGUAGAAGUCGCAAGUGCAUAUUUUGGGCUAUCCCUAUGGGAAAAAGGGAUGGAAAUUACACAACUCAUUCUACUCCUCCUAUUGUUUCUGAGAUUGAGUAUGUUGCUGAUGAUAUUAGUUGGGAGACUUAUGAUGCAUCAUUUGGAGGAGGGGGUGCAUCAGUGGUCUUGCAAGACAAUGGGUAA